AUGACUGAUUCAUAUCCGAACAGACAUCCUGACAUUGGGUAUAUGCCUGACUAUGAUAAGUAUCUGACGCGCGGCAAGCGCAGACAAGAAACCGAGAAGCUCGAUGAGCACCUCCCCGAGGGCUUUCCUUCCAGUCUGUCUGGCGAUCUUGUUUGGGACGCCAGUACUUUAGCCAACAGGUAUAACUGGAAUUACCAUCUCACUGCCGAAGACCUCGAUGAGAUCAACAAUGCUCUUCGACACUUCAAGUCGUUAAACAAACCAAUGGGCGAGCUCUCCCCAGACACGUUUCCCUUGCCCCAGUUGCAUGCUGCGCUGCGCGGAAUCUCAAACGAGGUCCAUAACGGCUACGGUUUCAAAGUUAUUCGUGGUCUUCCCGUGGACAACUACACCCGCGAAGAGAACGUUAUAAUUUACACGGGCCUUUCAUCACAUGUCGCACCUAUUCGUGGUCGUCAAGACAACAAAUGGCAAGGCAAGCCAGCUGAUGUCAUUGUUGCCCAUGUUAAGGAUCUGAGUCAGUCAUGCAAUUCUAAGGACAUCCCUGGUCCUGUGGUAACCGCCGACAAACAAGUGUUUCACACUGAUGCUGGAGAUGUUAUUGCCCUAUUCUGUCUGAACGAAGGUGAAACGGGUGGUGAGAGCUAUAUUGCGAGUACCUGCCAUGUUUACAACGUACUUGCUGCUACGCGCCCUGAUUUGAUCAAGACUCUCUCCGAGCCUUGGCCUUUUGACGAUUUCGCGCCGACUGGUGACGUGUACAAGCUGCGACCCCUACUGUACUACCAGCCUGCUACCCAGACCGACCCCGAGCGACUUAUCAUCCAAUACUCGCGAAGAAACUUGACUGGCUAUUUGGAUUGCAAGCGGUCGGCCAAUAUUCCGCCGCUUACCGAAGCCCAAGCAGAGGCCCUAGAUGCCGUUCAUUUUACCGCCGAGAAACACGCUAUUUCGCUGGACUUUCACAAAGGCGACAUCCAGUUUGCCAAUAACUUGAGCAUUCUACACGCCAGAGGAGCAUUUACUGAUUCCAGUGCGAAGCGACGUCACCUUCUCCGACUUUGGCUGCGGGAUCCUGAGUAUGAGUGGACGAAGACCAAAGGCCUGAAGGAGCGAUUUGAUCGGGUCUAUGCAGGCGUGACGGUUGAGAACUCGGUGUUCCCACUGGAAGCCACCAUCCGCAGUAGCAACGUGGCUACAUAG